AUGAAAGCAUUGAUUGCUUUCUUGCCUUCAGUGUGGAAGUGUGAAUGUCGUGCACAAGGGAUCGAGAUGGGACGGGGAAGCUUCCAUUUCUGUUUUGGAGAGGAAUCGACCCUACAAUCGAUCCUUGAUAACCGGCCGUACCAUUUUGAUGGAUGGAUGAUUGCCAUUGAGCGUUGGGUCCCUACGGUGAGAAGUGAUUUUCCGAGUACGAUUCCUUUUUGGGUUAAGAUCAUGGAUCUCCCUGCUCAGUACCGGGAGGACGACCAAGUGGAGAGCAUAGGUAAAGACUUGGGUAUGGUCCGGAACUGGAAGAUUGUCGCACCAUAUCCUAUGGUCCGUGUGGAAGUUAGCUGCGAUGCUUCGCUUAUCCUGUACCGGGAAACACGAUCGGAUACUGGAGAAAUUUUUAGGAUAAAUUUUGAUUACCUGAAGCUGCAAAAUUACUGCAAGCGGUGCCUGCGUAUGUCGCAUGAAACGCGAGCUUGCUCCGACUGGAUUGAAAGACAGCCGAGCCGUCAGGUUCCCAAUGUCCGGCGACCGGAGGCUGACGACCGAAAGAGACAGAGAGGUCACAAGGCGGAGAUGGCUAGACCGAAAGCACCUCGAGAGGACCGCAGCAAGCGCGAUUGGGACAAGACGGCGGACAUGGCUUCAUCGUCCAAACCAAAGCUGAUUUGUUGGGAUCUAAUGACGGAAUUGGGUGAGGUUCGUGACCUCAAGGUGGAGAAAAAGGUUGACAAACCUUCAACACAAGAGUGGGUUCGAAAGUCUUUUGGUCGUGAUGCUACCAAGAGUGUGACGAUUGAUACACGACCGGAGACAUAA